UUCCCCGGAUGUCUGUGAAGGCAUCGCCACCACAAGAGUUGUGCAGGCAGGUCGCUGUCGUUUCUCGUCGGGACUAAUUAUUUGUCACCUCGUUCACCGGACAUCAGGCCACAUCGACCCCGAAAUUCUUCUGGAAAGCUUCAACUUAUAUUACGUUCGCCGUUAAUAUUAUCAACAUGUUCAAGGACUCGUGGGCGCACGAGGCAGAUAUGCAGGAGGCCAACUCUGCUCGCGUGCAGUUUGAUCCCACAAAGAAGAUGACUCUGGUGAAUCGUCCAGGGAACAUCGCCAGAGAUGUAAACGGAAAUUUCGAGAGGGACAUGGGCGGACAAGAUCGAAAGUGGGAAGGAGACAAAGUUGACCUGGCUGAAGUGUCCCUGCUCAACAAAAUUAUCCGCCGCACUCUAGUGAGGAGUAGACAUGAGGUCGAGGUCCUGCAGCGGGACCCCACCUCUCCGCUGUUCUCCGUCAAGACCUUCGAGGAGCUGCGCCUGAAACCGGAGUUGUUGACGGGGGUCUAUGACAUGGGCUUCAACAGGCCUUCCAUGAUCCAGGAGAAGGCUCUACCUAUGAUGCUGGCACAGCCACAUCAGAAUCUGAUCGCCCAGUCACAGUCAGGCACAGGCAAAACUGCUGCUUUUUCUCUGGCCAUGCUCAGUCACGUGAACACUGCCAACAAGUGGACUCAGGCUCUUUGCAUCGCGCCCACAUACGAGCUUGCCCUUCAGAUCGGUCAAGUGAUGGAGCAGAUGGGCAAACACUGCCCCGACGUCAAGCUGGCAUACGGCAUCAGAGGCAACAAAGUGGAGCGAGGCAGGCAGUUGCAGGAACAGAUCGUCGUGGGAACACCGGGCACCAUCCUGGACUGGUGUAUUAAGUUGAAAGUCAUUCAGGCCAAAAAGAUAACCAUGUUUGUGCUGGAUGAGGCCGAUGUCAUGAUCGACACUCAGGGUCAUCGUGACCAGAGCAUCCGCAUCCACAGGCAGCUAACAAAAGACUGCCAGAUGCUCCUCUUCUCUGCGACCUUUGAGGAGGAGGUAUGGAGGUUUGCGGAGAUGAUAGUUCCCGAGGCCAACAUCAUCCGACUGCGGCGGGAGGAGGAGACUCUGGACACCAUCAAGCAGUUUUACGUCCUCUGCAGGAGCAAGGAGGACAAGUUCAACAUUCUGUGUGACCUCUAUGGGAGUAUGACUGUGGCACAGGCUAUGAUUUUCUGCCAUACUCGUAAGAUUGCAUCGUGGCUGUCUGCUAACCUGACCAAGGAGGGCCACAGUGUGGCGCUGCUGAGUGGGGAAUUAACUGUGACGCAGAGAGCUAGCAUCAUUGAACGCUUUCGAGAUGGCAAGGAGAAAGUACUUGUCACCACAAACGUUUGUUCCAGGGGCAUCGAUGUUGAACAGGUAUCUCUGGUGGUAAACUUUGACCUCCCUGUGGACAUGGACGGCAAUGCCGAUAAUGAGACGUACCUUCACCGCAUUGGCCGUACAGGACGUUUUGGAAGGCGAGGCUUCGCUAUCAACAUGGUGGACAGCGAGCACGGAAUGGAUGUCAUCAGACAAAUUGAGAUCCAUUUCGACAGGAAAAUCCCCAAACUUGACACACGGAAUGUUGAAGAAAUAGAAAAACAACUCAACUGAACAGCUGUCUGUUGCUAAACCCCACAGACUGUUCUCUCUUCCACAUGUUUAUUGUUUACAGGGUGAUGAGUAUGCAGAAGGUUUUGUUUGAAAUGCACUUUUAAAGUAGUCUUAGAAGCAAACUGCUAUGCCAGGUGAUCAAACCGAGUGUGCCUAAAUUUGUUCUUUUUUUGCAGUGUUUUGAUUUACUUUGUUGUUUGAGUAUUUGUGUGGAAAUGUAAUAUUGUAGUGUGUUGAUAAAUCUAUUUUGAUAAAUAUAUCAAACAUACUGUUGCCUUUAAACUAUUCUGGUCCUUUCUGUCAAAACUGUGUUUCAACUGUUAGUUGAUGAAGGUUUAGGUUCUGCAUUGUCAGACCAAAGUUCCUGUUAUCAUGAACAAAACGUCCUAGAUUCAUCUGAGCCACUUCCCAGCAAAUGGAAUGGCUACACAAUGGAGACGUCACGGUAGCACCAGCCUUUAUUUGCCUGACCCCUUCAGACAGAACUUGUUCUCACACAGCAAUUACAACUAUGUAUGUGCAUUCAGAUAGUGAGACACCAUUGCACAUUGGUACCUUCACCACAGGAUGAGUAGGGACAAAGCUAGAUCAGAUGGCCAGUGUGAAAAGGGGCUCAACGGCAGCAUGAGCUGAUUUAAAAUCUUAGACUAUAGUUUACACCUAGCAUAAAAAAACAAAUUCACUGUGCCCCCAAAAUAGAAUAUUCCCUGAGAUCCAAUUGAAAUUGUUUUUAAUGUAGAAAUGUUGGACCUCUGGAAAGUACUGUAUGUUCUGUCAUAUGCAUUCAUUACUUGGUCUAGCGUCUCAGCUUCCUCUUGGCACUACCCCAUAAAUUCUCUAUGGGGUUAAGGUCUGGUGAGUUUGAGGGCCAAUAAAGCAGAGUAAUGCGAUUAUUGAACCAGCUUUUCGCAGUUGUGGCUUGUGCCACAUCCUGUCUGUGUAUGAAAUAAACAUCUCAGUAAAGCUUGUCAGUAGAAGGAAGCAUAAAGUGCUCUGAAAUAUACUGGUAAACAGCUGCGCCGACGUUGGACCAACUCGUGACAUGGAAGCCCAGCCAUCACUGACUGGAAAUGUUACACUUCAAGUCACUUUGUCUCCACUCUUUCCAGAGAUUAUCAUCCUUAAUUCCCAAAUGUAAUGAAAAUUUCACUUUCAUUUGAAAAUAGAACUUUAGACCAUACCAAUAGUCCAGUUCAGCUUGUUUUCAUGUUUUAACCCAGGUAAGAUGCUUCUGACAUGAUCUGUGGUUCGAGAGUGGCUUGACAUCAGGAAUACGACAUUUAGCCAAAUUCUUUGUCACCAUCUAUGCGCAGUGGCUCCUGAUGCACUGACUCAGUUUGUGCUUUGAUUAAUUAAUUACAUUUCAUGACAUUUAAUGAUAUCUAUAUAAUGACACAUUUAAUUUUGGCACUCUUGGUCCCCCAUAUUAGUCAUGCAACAUGGUCUUAAAUUGUGACUGCAACUUGCAGUUUGCAAACAUUAGCCCUAUUUUAUGGUCAUAACUGUAAAACAUGCAUUUUCGAGGUACGUUGUGUAAUCUACUGUAGCUCUUGCUCGUUGGGAUGCGCCCACACACUAUCAAUGUCUUCAUUUCAGCCAAUAAAGCAAAUAAUGUUUUUGUAA